GGGGUCGCUUUCACAGCAGCAUCACCGCUGAAAGCAGCAGAGAGACAUGCAAAGGGAUGUAAGAUGGCAGAGCUACAAAUGCUGCUAGAGGAGGAAAUCCCUGCCGGUAAAAGAGCUCUUGUAGAAAGCUACCAGAACCUGUCCCGGGUUGCGGAAUACUGUGAAAACAAUUAUGUACAGGCCCAAGACAAGAAGAAGGCCCUGGAGGAGACCAAGGCCUACACCACCCAGUCACUGGCCAGCGUGGCCUACCAGAUCAAUGCCUUAGCCAACAAUGUGCUGCAGCUGCUGGACAUCCAGGCCUCCCAACUGCGGCGCAUGGAGUCCUCAAUCAACCAUAUCUCACAGACAGUGGACAUUCAUAAGGAAAAGGUGGCUCGUCGUGAAAUCGGCAUCCUGACUACAAAUAAGAACACGUCCCGUACGCACAAGAUCAUUGCCCCGGGCAACAUGGAGCGACCAGUGCGCUACAUUCGAAAACCCAUCGAUUACACUCUGCUGGAUGACGUGGGACACGGAGUCAAAUGGCUUAAGGCCAAGCAACAUGGAAACAAUGCAGCUGGGCGAGGAGGGACACUUUCCAGGACCAAUCCCCCUACACAGAAACCCCCAAGCCCACCUAUGGCUGGUCGUGGUACUUUGGGGCGCAACACUCCAUAUAAGACACUGGAACCUGUGAAACCUCCAGUGGUCCCCAAUGAUUACAUGACCAGCCCUGCUCGACUAGGCAGCCAGCACAGCCCUGCACGCACAGCCUCACUCAACCAGAGGCCGAGGACACACAGUGGCAGCAGUGGUGGUAGUGGUGGCAGAGAGAACAGUGGAAGCAGUGGAGUGGGUGUCCCACUAGCAGUUCCAACUCCCUCACCUCCCAGUAUGGGGCAUGCGGCGACAGCCUCAGCCUCAGUGCCUCAGGGACCCGGUUUGGGUCCCAUUCCAAUGUCCCAGUUCGGCACCAUAUCUCGCCAGAUUUCCCGUCACAACAGCUCUACCACUUCCUCGGCCUCCAUGGUAUCGGCCACUGGCACGUACCGCCGAGCACCUUCUGUCUCCUCCCAACAGCCCCACAUCAAUGGAGGUCCCGCCUACCAACAGAACUCAAUGACUGUGGCUCCUCCUCCUCCUCCACCCAUGGUCCAACUGACCCCACAGAUCCCCCUUACUGGCUUUGUGGCCAGAAUGCAGGAGAGCAUAACAGACAGUCCGGCCCUGCCCCCUCCACCUCUCCCUGAAGACAUGACUGUGUUUGAGGAGCCCUCUCCUCCUCCUCCUCCCCCACCAGUGGACUAUGAGGAAGAAGAGGCCGCAGUGGUCCACUACAGCGAUCCUUACGCCGAUGGAGACCCACACUGGGCCCCAAAGGCUUAUUUAGAAAAAGUUGUAGCCAUCUAUGACUACACCAAGGACAAAGAGGAUGAGCUGUCCUUCAUGGAAGGAGCCAUCAUCUACAUCAUCAAGAAAAAUGAUGAUGGCUGGUUUGAAGGAGUCUGCAACGGUGUGACUGGACUCUUCCCAGGAAACUACGUUGAGUCAAUCAUGCACUAUGCUGACUAAAAAAAAGUAAUUAAACACUGUACUAGAGUUGUGAACAGAGGCAAAACUACAAAUGUGUCAAGUCUAGAAUUUACAAAUGGCUGUGUAUUUGGGAUUUGUGCACGCAUGAUUUUGUUCUGGUCCAACAAGUAUCACAAAAAA